AUGUCAGCAGCUGAAUCGCCUCCCAACUAUUUCCGCCACACGUAUCACAGCGGCUGGAUGUAUGCGCAUAUCGCAACCAUGAUCCUAGCAUGGUGCUUCAUUCUCCCGCCUGCUAUAAUGCUCAGCGUGGCGCGAUCCAGAUACCACCUCCCAGCUCAGUUGGCAUUCCACGUUGUCAACGGCCUAGGAGUCUUCACCGGCUUCGUCUACAACAACUCAACCCCAGACUUGUACAAGCACAACUCGCACCACCCGAUCGGCUGGGUCGUGACAUCCCUCACGAUUGCGUGGACACUCAUGUCCCUCUUCGUGGCGUACAGCGAGUACAAGAGCAAGCGACAAGCCGGCGGCAGCCACAGCGUCACCAAGAGCGCCAUGGCCGAGCACGCGCGAUGGCACAGGUAUAGCGAUCGUGCCAGCGCGAGGUCAUCCAGGGACUCCGGCCAAGGCACUGAGCGGAAUUCUGCGUCGCUUUGGGGCUCAAGGCAGGGCAGCCAGGAGUCCAUCCAGUUCAAGCCCGAAGCGCCGGCUUCACCGACGGAAGAUAACGAGGACGAGGCCGCAUCAGAGGCCAACGGUCUGCUUGGAAACAACCGCGUGGACCGAUUCGUCUCGCGCAAUGUGCGACGCUUUGCAACACCAAGCGCCUCGAAAGCAAUCCGCUUCAGCCAGAUCGUUCUCGAGAAACUACUCCUGCUCCUCGGCUUCGUCGCAAUCGCAACCGGCUUCGUCGUCUGGGGCGGCCUCUUCAAAGACCGCGAAGUCUUUUCUGGCGCUGCUCACUUCGUCAAAGGCGGCAUUUUCUUCUGGUACGGCUUGCUAACGCUCGGCCGCUGGAUGGGUGCCUUCUCAGAGCUCGGGUGGGCCUGGAACAUCCGCCCAAACCAACCACCCGUCGCUCGCUGGAAGACCCGCAUCCCAUCGGCAGAGUUCGUUGAGUCGUUCGUCAUCUGGCUCUACGGCGCGAGCAAUGUCUUCCUCGAACACCUCGCUGCCUGGGGCCGGCCGUGGUCGCACCAGGAUUUCGAGCAUGUCAGCAUUACGCUGUUGUUCUUUGGCGGCGGACUACUCGGAAUGGUCAUCGAGUCGUCGUGGGCGAGAGACUUGGCCAAUACCGCCGUUUUAACGCAGAAGGACGAAGAGGAGGAGAGUGAAGUCCAGACCACGUCCCGCUUCCACGCUAGCGGGGUCGCAGAACAAGAACAGCCGUGGUCGCAGCCGAACACAUACAAAACAUCCCUCAACCCCCUCCCCGCUCUGGUGAUCAUGCUGCUGGGCGUGAUGAUGUCCUCGCACCACCAGGAGAGCAUGGUGAGCACCAUGAUGCACUCGCAAUGGGGCACGCUGUUCGUCGGCUUCGCCUUGGCACGCGCGGCGACGUACGUGCUGCUGUAUCUCAAGCCGCCUUCUUCGCAUUUCCCCGCGAGACCGCCGAGCGAGCUGAUUGCGGCUUUUUGUUUGACGGCGGGCGGGUUGAUGUUUAUGUUCAGUGCGCGGGAUAGUGUGGCUGCGAUUGAGGGGGUUGGGUUGGAUGCGAUGACGGUUUUUACCGUGACGAUGGGUUUGGCGGCGGUGAUUCUUGCGUGGGAGGUUGUUUGCUUUGCUCUGAAGGGGUGGGCGGUGAGAAAGGAGCGGGCUGUUGGUGGUCGGGUGCUGGCGUGA